CGUAGUAGGCCCCCGAUGGCGACCGCCGCCGGCCCCGUCGGCGGGCUGUCGGCGAAGGACGAGAUUAGGGAGGUGGAGAUGGAGAUCAUGAACCCGCCGGAGGAGGCGGCGGAGCGGGCCGGGCUGAAGAGGGCCUGGGGCUACGCGAACGCCGGCGCUUCUCAUGGUUUUAUUGGAGUGACUACUGCUGAAAAGGAGCCAACACUCCUGCCUCAUAACAAUGUCAAAUAUCUGAAGAAAGCUGGCAGUGGCAAUCUUCUACGUCCGGAUAUGCCAGAUACUAAUGCUUGGAGAUUUAGUAGCUCAUCUCCUGGUGGAGAUCUGGGGAGCAAAACCAGAACCCCUACGGGUACCUUUAAUGCUCAAGGCCAGUGCAAGAAAGGAAAUAAUUGCACUUCUCCUCAUGGAAGAGAGGGUUCUGGUUUUUGUAACCUGUGGAGUCAAGAAGAAAAUGCUGGUUCACUCACAUCAGUUGGUUAUGGGAAACAUAGAGGCUCUGAAGAAGGAUUUGAAGCACAAUGUGUAUCCAACUUGAAUGAUCUGCACAACUAUGGGCGAUAUAGGACCCUCAUUCAGUCUUAUGGCGAAGAUCAUAGGGGGCUGGCUCAUAACUCGCCCAACCUAAAUAUUUCAGAGGAGAGGUCUUGCAGAACUGAUAAUUUCUGGACUACAAAGCCUACCCCUCCUGUAAAUGAGCUGGUGCAGAUCUCAGUUCAAGGGAAAAACCACAAACCUAGUCUCAUGGGACACCAUAUUAGUUUGCCCUCUGAUAGCUACUUGGAUGGCAGGGGAACCUUAAGUAGAUUGCAUUUAGAUGGAGAAAAGCUGUUGCCGGAUCUGAAUGUGGCCAAAGCAAGCAGCCUAAGUGAUUCUCAUGUCUCUGAUUAUUGGCAUCGACCAUUUUACUCAUCUGUUUCAUUUGACUAUCCCCAGUAUGGUGAGAAGCGAUCUGCUUAUGGUGGACCAACAGAAAAUCUUCCUCACAAACAUCAGAAAGAACAUAGUUCAAGCUUUGCCUCAUACAGCUCAAACAGUAUAACAGGGUUCAGAAGUCCAGGCCACAAUAGCUCUGUUCAUUCCUUGGGUAGCCAACCUUCUCGAGGAAUUACUCACCCAGGAAUGCCGUCCCUUCAUCAGUUAACACCUGGUAUCGAGAAAUUUGGUCUCCAUAAAGAUGUAUAUUUUGACAAGGGCUGUGGUACAUCUAGGCCUGGGUUACGUGCAAGCAGUUCAUGUCAGCCUGAGCACCUUUCCCCAAUCAAGGAUGACCCUUGGGUAACUUCAGUGCCUUUUGUACCUCUUGUUGAGUUUCCCAACAGUGCAUCACCUUCAAAUAGUCCAUAUGACCCACUUGCUGACAGUAUGGACCCUCCCAAAGUUGAGAGUGGCAAUAUUCUCAAGUCCUCCAACAUAUCCUGCAGCAUUUCAAGUCAGCACACUGCUGGGAAUGGUGUUAUAGAUGGAGAUAUCAACAAAUCAUUGAUAUAUGAUAAGUUGGCAAGGAAUAUGUCGGCAAAAGGGUCAAAUGAGUUUGCAGGCUUGGUUGCACCUGGUAAGGAACGCUCUAGUCUGGAUGGCGAUACUUUGGUGAAAGCUUUUGAAAGAACCAAAGAUGGAGCAAUUGACGAGAAAACGAGGGAUUAUUUCCGUAUUCAUUUGGCAGAACAUGUGAAGGAGUUGCUGAAACCUAUUUGGAAGGAAGGCAAACUGAGUAAAGAUGCUCAUAAACUGAUAGUAAAAAAAUCUGUUGACAAAGUUCUUGCUACAGUUGACCUGCAUCAAGUACCAGCUACUAAAGAAUUGAUAACUGAUUAUAUAACCAUGUCUGGAACAAAGAUUGAAAAGCUUGUGAAGCCAACCUGAAGUGAAGUGGAUUCAGGGUAGCAUUCAAUUUUGCAUCUUUAAGGUUGCCAGAUAUUAAAGUCGUCUUUGAGCCUAUUAUAUCCUCAUUUUAUCAUCACUGAUCAAACUGAUGAGAGCUGCCAGAACAUGCAAUUGGGUAUAU